AUGGUGAACGCAGCUGAAAAGGCAGGACGGAUAUUUCCUGGGCGGACGACACUGAUCGAGCCAACAUCGGGGAACACUGGAAUAGCGUUGGCCUUCAUUUCGGUGAAAGGAUAUCGACUCAUCUUCACGAUGCCUGCAUCAAUGAGCGUUGAACGGAGAGUUCUAUUGAGAGCCUAUGGAAGCGAAGUAGUAUUGACGGCCCCCACGUUGGGGAUGCAAGGGUCAAUCGAACUUCAGGGCAAGAUUUUCAAUUCCUACAUCCCGCAACAAUUUGAGAAUCCGGCGAAUCCACUCAUUCACUACUUAACGACAGGUCCGGAGAUCUGGGAACAAACUAAUGGAAAAGUCGAUGUGUGUCUUCGGAGUUGGGCAAUUUUUGAAAGAAAAGAACCACAAUAUCAAAAUCUACGCAGUGGAGCCAAAAGAGGCUGCGGUCCUCUCCGGAUCUAUGACGGCAUCAUAACGGUACAUUCUGACGAAGCAGCGCUCAUGAGCAGGCAAAUGGCCCAAGCCGAAGGUCUCCUUUGUGGAAUCUCUUCUGGGGCUAGUGUUUGUGCCUCGUUAAGACUACUCAACCCCAGAAAUGCGGGGAAAAUUGAUUGUGACUAUGUUACCUUCUUUUGGAGAACGAGUCAGGUCUUCCAAUCUCUACUCCAAUUUGCAAGAGCAAAUGAGGACGAUGGGGGU